AGGAUUGGCAAAAAAUCUGACGGACAAGUAUUGAGCCUAACUUUCUCGGCGCUUAGUGAUUCGGCGACAGAAAAAAUAGGCUGAGAAAUAAUUUCAUCGAUUUUCAAAUUUUUGUAUUGAUUUAGAAGGUGCUGUAAAAUCUUACGGUCAAAAUUUUGGGAACAUUCAAGAAACUGAUUUUAUAGGCAGAAGAAGUUAGAAGGUAUAAAUUUCUCGCAGAAUUUUAUUUCCCAGGUAAGAGGUCGACAAUUAGUUAAGGUAUCUCUAUAAAUUGGAUAUUUUUAAAUAUUUUCUAACUUGUUAAAUUUGUUUCUCAGCUCAAUUUAUCGGUUUACAUUUCCGCAAGUCCUAAUUCGCCUCACCUGAAAAACUGAUCAUUAGGGUCGACAAGAUUUGAACGGGUAAGGUAAUAAGUCAGAUGAAAAAAUUAAGAUCGAUGAAAAAUGGAUAACUGAAAACGAUAAAGUUAGCAUCAAACACGCUUUUACUUCAAAGGUAUGGCAAACACUAUGACAAUGAGACUACAUAAUCUUGUUUCCGCACAUAAUUUGAUCUCGAUAGAUUGCAUUCCGUGUUAUUGACAAAAACAAGCAACAACAUCAAUGGUGUCACUAUAAAGUAGUUCUCACCAAACAAAUCAAUGGGAAACUACGCGCAAACGCUUGAUAACAUUUCUUGCUUAUUGUUUCAGGUUGACUAACACACAAAAAUUAGAAAUGUACCGUGAAUUGAUAUGUUUAAUUUUUACAGUGCAGUUGGCAGCAUCAGAACUCCAAGAUUUCUCUCUGCGAGAUGUCCAGGAAACUAUUAAACGCUCUCACCUCCUCCUUAGUUUGCGCCCGCGAGACAGUGACGCCAUUUUGAAGACACUGUCAUGGUUGUUUCAAAACGAAAGUAUUGAGUUUGGUAUUUGGAAUCCAAAACCAGGUGACGUCAUAAAAUGGAAACACGCACACGAGGGGGAGAAUUUAGCUUUCUUUGAAAAGAGACUUAAAGAUCGAAGAUGUUUAGUGAAACCGAAUCUGCUGUAUACGCCCACAGCGGUUGGUAUUGACGGCGACGAUACGUCGUUAGCUGAUGUCGUCAAGUUUCUUAACGAUGCCUGUUUUGCUUUUGUAACACCAAGUGGUAGAAUAACCAGAGCUGGAAAAGUGAGACAUAAUAUUCUUAAAAAUAUUUUUCGUGUGACUCACUCUUUAUUGAGCAGUUCUCGAUGUGAGCGCAUAAGUCCGCCUACAAUGAAAGAAUUCGUCACCAAAUAUAUGUAUCGUUCCAGGCCAGUAAUAAUCGAGAACGCUAUAAAUCAUUGGCCAGCCCUAAAAGACUGGUCCAACGAGUUUUUGCGUCGUAAAUAUGGUAACCAGAAGGUUCACGUGAAGAUGACACCAAAUGGCGAGUUUGAAGGGUGUGACGAAGCUCGUAAAUUUGAAAACUUCGACACUUUUCGCGUUCCAAAACAUGUUCGCGACCAGCUUCAAUUUCCUGACUUGGUAGUCGUCAGACCUGCAGUUGGAAAUAUCAAAUUUUCCGAAUUCCUAGAUCUAGUUGAAAACAAGAAUAACUCAUUGAAUAUAUCUGCCUAUUUAGAAUAUUCUUCGAUCCGUGAAUAUUUUCCAGAACUGGAAAAGGAUGUGAAACCGUUUACCUUUGUCGACGGAAUUUUAAAAUCAUCUAGUUUGAAUAUUUGGUUAAGCAACGGAAACACGUUGGGAAAGCUUCAUUUUGAUCCGUUUGAAAACUUCUUAUGCCAGAUGCGCGGCAACAAAAAGCUGACAUUGUUUGAUCCGCACCAGAAUCACAAUUUGUACGAAGCUCACAUACAAGAAGGAUUACUAGGAUAUGAACACAACACAAACAAGUUCAGCUUUCAAAAACUUUUAGACAGUACAUCAAUGGUGAUGUCACCUGUGGACAUUCUUAAUCCUAAUUUUGAGCGCUUUCCUAAUUUUACGAGAGCCGAGCCAAUGGAAUGUUACCUUAAUGAAGGUGAUGUUUUAUACAUGCCGUCCUUUUGGUGGCAUGAAGUCCAAUCGUAUCCAAACCCCACGGAGAAGAGAAAUUUGGCUGUCAAUUUUUGGUACUAUCCAUUUCUUACAAAAGAAUUUCCAUGUGCAGGAUGUAAACUGGAUGUUAAUCCUUUGUAUCGCAAAAUACUUGAGCUGUUUUAAU